AUCACCAGCGGCUGGAUGUCGCGUGAAUGUCAAGGAAAUGAUUAAGCAAACGCAAAAACAAAUAAUUAAAUGCUUUACAAUAUGAUAAUUUUUUGUUUGUUGAGUACUUAAUUAAAAGUGAUUACUAAUAAUUAUAAAAAUUCAUUUAUGUUUUACAUGAAAGAAAACAUAAGACGUAAAAUACGUAAAAUGAACGGUAGAAAUCACUGGAACAAACCGUUUUGCUCUACCACUUUUAGUUUUUGAGUUAUGAAUUUUUUAAUAAUGGCGCAUCCACCAUUUUUCACUUUUUUAUUUUCUCAAUAACGGCAAAACUAUUCGAAAAAGUGGAACUAUUUUGAUGCAGUCCUAAGCAAAAUGAUCCGGGAAAUCGAUUGGCGUCAAGAAAAUCGCCAAAUUCCAAAUAGUAUUUAAGUAAUGAAUUUUUUAAAAUUGUACCUAUUUCUCAUUUUAUUUAAAAUUUUCUCCAAAACUAUCAGUUGGAGGAAGAUCAAUGAUCUUUUUUGAAAAAGAUAGAUAAUUAAAAGAGCUUUCCAACGAUGGUACACUUUAUAGGGUUAUCUGUGAUGGUUCCGGAGAUAUUGCCCAAUAAAUGUUCGAAAUCGACCAAAAUUUGUACAAAAAUCGGAAUAACAAUAGUCUGUUAAAAUCGAUUCUUUUAACGUUUUUUUGCACUUUGAACAACUCAAAGAGGUUCUAAAAGCGUAGAAAAGUUUAGGAUUACUUCGCAGAAAUAAUAAAAAAUCAGAAAUUAACAAACAAAAAUCUGGUGGCCACAGUAAUGGUUAAUGAAAGUUCUUGUGUUUAAUUAUUACUUAUUUCUGCAUAUUGUUACUAAGAGACCUACAAUUAAAUCAAUCGAUAAUGGGUUAAUUCGCGACGUGUUGUGGUUUUAAAGGUUAUAAACAUGAGAUAAUGUGUUAACAGGAAAACAAGCAGGAAUAGUACAGACUUCAACAAGUUAGUUUAUUUAGUGAUAAACACUUGCACAAGUCACAAACACAAUGAAGGCGAAAACCAUAAUCCUGAGCAAAAAAUUUCAAGGAUACCCCCAAGAAACCAACUUCAAAAUAGUCGAAGAAUCGCUUCCCCAGCUAAAAGACGGCGAAUUCUUGGCACAAGCCGAAUUCUUGAGCGUCGACCCUUACAUCCGCGUGUUUAUGAAGGCAGUUGGGGCCCCCAUAAUUGGGGAACAAGUCGCAAAAAUAAUAGAAAGCAAGAAUUCGAAAUAUCCGCUUGGGGAGUACGUCGUGGGGGAGUUUGGUUGGAGGACACAUACUGUAGCCUCAGAAAAACCGGGAGAUUUUUUCAAUCUCCCGCCGAGACUCGUCUCCUUCGGGGAUUUACCCAAAUCGCUGGCGUUAGGGGCUUUGGGAAUGACGGGGGUCACAGCCCUGUACGGGCUCCAGCUGUGCGAGCCCGCGGCGGGCAAAACCCUCGUAGUCUCAGGAGCGGCCGGGGCUGUGGGCACCCACGUGGGCCAACUGGCCAAACUACAAGGGUGCAAAGUGGUUGGUAUCACUGGAUCGGACGCUAAAGGCCACCGAUUGGUCAAAGAAUUGGACUUUGAUGCUUUCGUUAACUAUAAGAGUGAAGAUUUUGAGAAAAAAUUGGCCGAAGCUACGCCACAAAACAUAGACUGCUACUUCGACAACGUGGGGGGCGAUGUCAGCAGCGCCGUCUUGCACCGCAUGAACAAAUUCGGUCAUGUGGUCAUCUGUGGGGCUAUUUCCACCUACAAUGACGAAAACACCAAAGCCCGAGAGGUGCAAACACCUGUGAAAGUCAACCACCUUGUGAUGGAAGGGUUCAGCGUGACUCGGUGGCGAAACAAAUGGAACAAAGCCAUUGACGAUAACCUUAAAUUGAUCCAAGAGGGGCGUUUGAAAUAUUUCGAAACCGUCACUGAAGGGUUCGAAAAUACGCCGGACGCGUUCAUGAAGAUGCUAGGUGGGCAGAACUUUGGGAAAGCUAUUGUUAAAGUGUGAAUAAAUUGUUAAAACUGAA